ACCCAAGCACGGGUCCAUUCCCCACUCGCGCUGCGGCGGUCGGCUCGGGCCCUCAGCGACGGAGGGGCAGUCCCAGCCUCGGCGGCGGCGUCAGCGUCAGCGUCAGCGGCUCCCCCUCGCGCCUCUCGCUAGUCGCCUGGCGCCCUCGCCUCCGUCCUGCGCACGCACCAGCCGGCAACCCUGCGCACGCACCUCCCUCUCCCCUCCCGCCUCUGCUGUACCGUGGGAGCUCGGCCACCUUGGCUCCGCCGGUGCGGACAGGGGUCCUUGAAGGAUAUAUAAACCAUCUGUCCCUCAGCUGCCUGAUUCUUGAGGGAUAUCAUGGCUCCAGUUGAGAGCCCACAGCACGACCUCCGGAGGCUGCGGAGAGGUGGUGGCAUCGAGCGAAAGAACAGCACGCCCAAGCGACGAACUGAUGGAGAUGAUCUUUGUGCAAUAUGUGAUGAUGGUGGUGAUGUAAUAUGCUGUGAUGGUGUAUGUCAGAGGUCCUUCCACCUAGCUGAUGGAAACAGUGAAAGAUCGAGGUGCAGAGAAAUCCUUAGGUUAAGUGCUGAACAGGCAAAGAUGAUCCUUGCUGCCGAUAAAGAUUUUAUAUGCAAGAACUGCAAGUAUCAGGAACAUCAAUGUUUUGCUUGUGGAAAAUUGGGGUCUUCAGACUUGUCAUCAGAAGCUAAGGUGUUCCAAUGUGAGGUUGAUGAUUGUGGGCACUUUUACCACCCUAAGUGUGUCGCUAAACUGCUCUACCCAGAUAGCGAAGAAGAGGCCACACUUUUUGAGGUCCAUGUUGCUGCCAGAGAAAAAUUCACUUGUCCUAUCCAUGAAUGUAUUGUGUGCAGGGGAGGAGAGAAUAAGAAUGAUAGGAAUAUGCAAUUUGCAGUAUGCAGACGCUGCCCAACUACAUACCACCGGAUGUGCUUGCCAAGUAACAUCCACUUUGAAGCAGAGGAAGGUCCCAAUGGCUAUAUGCAAAGGGCGUGGGAUACGUUUGAGGGACCAGAUGGACGAGUCAUUCAUCGUGAUCGAAUCUUGAUCUACUGCAUGAAGCAUCCCAUCGUAAAGAAGUUGAAAACUCCCAAGUGGGAUCACAUCAUCUUUCCUGAUGUCAAAAAAAUCCGUGUACCAAAAAUGAUUGUUGGUACACACAAUGAAGAUGAUAUACGCCAGGAAGAAGAGCUACUGGAGCCUGAUGAUAUACGCGAGGAAGAAGAGCCGCUGGAGCCUGAACCAUCUCAGUCUCCUCCAUCUGAAUCUCCUCCGCCAGAUGCAAGUGAUUGGAAUCAGUGCUCCUGUUCUAGUCCCAUCGACUCAUUUGCACCAGGGUCCUUGUUUAUGCAUCCACAUCCAGGCACUUGUGGUUGGCUUGGGGACUGACCGUCUGGCAGCAUAACUCUCAUUUACUAAUGCUCCCUCAGUCUUAGGUCCUUUUUGCAAAUUGCAUGUAAAUGAGUAGCUUGGACCCGUUUCAAUACCAGAAUUAAUAACUGGGUUUACUAGUUUGUAGCACAUAAUCCAUCCAUGUCCGAAUUAUUAUUUUUAAUAAAGAUACUGAGCCAGUCCAGGUAUACAGGUCUCUUUCCUAACAGACAGUAGCCAACUGGUGGACUUCCUCUCUUCA